AUGGAAAAUGACUCUAAUAUGUUUUACUUUAACCUUGCCAUGUAUGUGAACAUAGGCUAUUACCGCUAUCCAGCCUUUGUACUGUGUUUUCUGCUGGUUGCCUUUAUAGUAGCUGCUAAUGUUAUUAUAAUACUGAUAAUAUCAUGUGAGAGAACUCUACAUGAGCCCAUGUAUAUGUUUAUUGCCUGUUUGUCUGUAAACUCUCUGUAUGGUUCAGCUGGUUUCUUCCCCAGAUUCCUCGCAGACCUUCUGUCUGACACUCACUUGAUCUCACGUCCUUCUUGUUUCACUCAGAUUUUUGUUAUUUAUACGUAUGCUUCCAAUGAGAUGACAAUCCUCGGCAUUAUGGCAUAUGAUAGGUAUGUUGCUGUGUGUCAUCCUUUACACUAUCACAACAAGGUGAGCACUAGAACAGUGUACAGCUUGUCAGCCUUAGCUUGGAUCUGCCCAGCUGUCUCUAUUACAACAUGUCUUUAUUUGGCCAUCAUGCUUCCUUUGUGUGGCAACAAGAUCUUAAAAGUCUACUGCGCAUCGUGGAAUGUGGUUAAACUGUCAUGUAUAUCCACUUAUAUAAAUCACACCGUGGGAAUGUUUGUAGCUGUAACUACAAUCUUUCUACCUCUGACCUAUGUUUUAUACACUUACUUUCGAAUUUUGCUUGUGUGCAGGAAAAGCUCAUCUGAAUUCAAGAGCAAGGUGUUUCAGACUUGCUUGCCGCACACUAUUUCAUUUGUCACUUAUUCUUUCACUGUAUUUUGUGACGUUGCCCUGAGUCGUCUUGAUGAUGAAAAGCUAAACCCCUUUUUAGCUAUAAUUUUAUCAUUGGAGUAUGUCAUGAUCCCUCCAGUUCUGAACCCUCUUGUGUAUGGCCUGAAGUUACCAGAAAUUAGAAAGCACAUUUUCAGGAUGUUUUCAUGA